CUGACAAGCGACAAGGUUUGCUGGCUGUCUCUGGCAAGCUCAAGCAGUCAGCAGAGAAUAUAAAAAUCCAUCUUGUGAGUCUCAAAUCUUCAAGACUCUGCUCCAUGAGAUAGAAGCCAUCAAUUAGAUUGAAGAGAAAAGGAAACAAGCAAUGGACAGAGAAGAGCAGAAACAAGGCCUAGAGUCACCAUUGAUUCCAGAUGUGACAGAAUCCGGAGGGGGACUCAAGAAAGAUGAGAUUUUCACAGAAGUGAAGAAGCAAUUGAGGCUGGCAGGGCCCAUAGUUUCAGUCAAUCUCUUGCUGUAUAGCUUGCAGUUGAUCUCAGUUAUGUUUGUGGGCCAUCUUGGGGAGCUACCUCUCUCUGGUGCUUCCAUGGCCACUUCCUUUGCUUCUGUCACUGGUUUCAGCCUCUUGGUAGGAAUGGCAAGCGCAUUAGAUACAUUUUGUGGCCAGUCCUAUGGAGCAGGACAGUAUCAUAUGCUGGGUAUUCACAAGCAGAGAGCCAUGUUUGUUAUCCUACUUGCCUGCAUUCCACUAGCAUGCAUUUGGGUGAAUGCAGGGCAUAUUCUUGUGUUCUUGGGACAAGAUCCUGAAAUAUCAGCAGAGGCUGGGGCUUACGCCCGCUUCAUGGUGCCUAGUAUUUUUGCUUACGGGCUUUUACAGUGUCAUGCUCGAUUUCUACAAACUCAGAACAAUGUAGUUCCUAUGAUGCUGAGCACUGGAUGCACAACAUUGCUACACAUACUAAUUUGCUGGGUUCUAGUUUUCAAAUCUGGGCUGGGAAAUAAAGGCGCUGCGUUGGCUAAUGCUAUAUCUUAUUGGAUCAAUGUGAUACUACUGGCCAUUUAUGUCAGGGUAUCUCCUUCCUGCAAGAGAACUUGGACUGGCUUUUCUAAAGAGGCACUGCAAGAUAUUCCCAAGUUCCUUCGUCUUGCAAUUCCUUCAGCUCUUAUGAUAUGCUUGGAGAUUUGGUCAUUCGAAAUGAUGGUUCUCUUGGCUGGUCUCCUUCCCAAUCCACAGCUGGAAACCUCAGUUCUUUCUAUCUGCCUUAAUACAUGUGCCAUGGUUUAUAUGAUACCUCUUGGGCUGAGUGGUGCCACAAGCGUAAGAGUUUCCAAUGAACUAGGUGCAGGCCGACCACAGGCUGCCCGUUUAGCAUUAGGCAUUGCCGUGGGCAUGGUUACUAUUGAAGGCAUUUUGCUUGCCACUGUCAUGAUUCUUGGUCGUAAUAUUUGGGGAUACUGCUAUAGUAAAGAAGAAAAGGUUGUGAGAUAUGUGGGGCAGAUUUUAGUAAUAACUGCAUUAUCCCACAUUCUGGAUGGUAUCCAAUCUGUGCUUUCAGGAGCUGCUAGAGGAUGUGGUUGGCAAAAGAUUGGAGCUUUUGUUAAUCUGGGAGCUUAUUAUCUUAUCGGCAUACCUCUUGGUAUAGUAUUAGCCUUUGUUUGCCACGUUGGAGGAAAGGGACUUUGGAUGGGGAUUACUGUGGCAUUGUUUGCUCAGGCAUUGUUCCUUUUGAUUGUAACUCUGUGCACUAACUGGGAGAAAGAAGCCAAGAAGGCUAGUGAGAGAGUCCAUGACUCGAUGACAUCUGUGGAAAGAUCUUCAUAGAAGUUGAAUUACGAGAGGAAUAGAAAUGGCUAGUAAUUGACAGGAAAGCGAAACGCUUCAGGGAAGACAUUGCACGAGAUUCUGAUGAUGAUAGAAGGUUUAUCAAUCCAAACCUGUAUUGUUUGGAAUUUGAAUGGAAAGAAUAAAGUAAUGUUUUCAGAUGCUUACAUUCAGCGAUCUAAAUUGAUGGAAUGUAAGGGACCUGCAACCAGGGCUAAAAAAUGAUAAAAAAUUAUUUAAUAUUUAAAGAGUGGAAUUUUUUGGGAGCCCAGCAUUAGCCUG